AUGACUUCUAGAGUUGUAGUCUUUGGAGGUUCUGGUAACUUAGGCAAAAGUUUAAUCACAUUAUUCAGAAAGAAUAAUUGGGAAGUGACUUCAGUUGGAACACGUCAAAUUGAAGAAGCCACUCAUAAUAUUAUAGUUUCAAAUGAUGAUUCUUUAGAAGUACAAGGGAAGAAAGUUAUGAAAGAUUCCAAUUCAAUACUUGAUGGCGGAGAAAAGUAUGACGCUAUCUUGUGUGUGGCUGGUGGUUUUUCCAUGGGGAAUUUAGCCAAAGGGGAUUUCUUUGAAACCGUGGAUUUGAUGGUGAAGAAAAUUUUGAAUUCCGCUUUGAUCGCGUCGAAAAUGAGUACGGUGAACCUUAAAGAGGAUGGUCUCUUGAUGUUAACUGGCGUAUCCGGUUUGCAACCUACUCCAGUUGCAAAAGCCGCCGUUCACCAUUUAUUCGAUAGUAUAGUCUCAAAAGGCAGCGGAUUACCAAAAAGCGUAAAAUCUUUUGCCAUCUUACCGGGAACGAUUGACACUCCAGAUAAUCGUAAAGGAAUGCCAGAUGCUGAUUUCUCUCAGUGGAUACCUUUAGAUCUAUUGUCUCAGCGUAUAUUUGAUUAUACUAAUGGAACUGUACCCGCACCUCACGGAAAAAUGGUUCAGGUUACCACCAAGGAUGGUGAAACUAGUUUUGAACUUAUAAAUAAAUAA